CUUUUUCAAAUUUGUGGCACUUAAAAAUAACGACCAUUCAUUAAUAAAACGAGAAAAUAAUUUUUCUUAAUAACAAGUAACAGCUCAUCUUGAAAUAACGCUGCACAUUUAAUUUGAGAAAAGAAUAAUUAAUAUCUUGUAUUAACACGAAAAAUUCUCGACGUUUAAGUAUACAAUUCAUUUAUUUUUAAAGCUUGAAAUGAGCGUUCCCGAUAAAAUGCUUGUUUGUCCUUAUAACAAAGCACAUUUCAUUUUUCGCCAGCGAAUGCCAGCUCAUUUGAUAAAGUGCGGUAAAAAAUACAAAGGAGAAGUUUUAAUGAUGUGCCCUUUCAACGCAAUGCACUUGUUCACAAAGAAAUCAAAAGAAGACCAUUACAAAGAAUGUGAAGAGUAUGUUCUCAGUUUGCAAAAACAAAGUAUGCAAUCUUAUUAUCAAUAAGACCCAAUUGAGAAAGAAAAUAAUAGAAACAUCAAAUCUAAAGAUUUUCUAAAUAAAAUGAAUAACUAAGUGCAUUAAUAAAAUUUAAUCCAUUGAAUAAAAUUUAUCACUACCUGUUACUUUAAUGAUAGCCUUACAUUGAGUGCCUUAAAUAAUAACACUUCGAUGGUUCAUCAAAUAAAAAUAAUUAAAAUACUUCCUUCUUAUUUAACAAAA